AUGAUAUCCACAACCUUACUGCUAUUGAAUCUGGGACCAUUUGUUCAUGGUGAACUACAUGUCCCUUGUUACUUCAUUUUAGGCGACGCAUUAGUUGAUAAUGGCAAUAACAAUGGCCUCCUCACUCAUGCAAAAUCCAACUUUCCACCUUAUGGAAUUGAUUUUUCCGACGGGCAGACUGGCAGAUUUACCAACGGUCGAAACAUGGCGGACAUUAUUGCUGAACUUCUAGGUUUUGACAGUUACAUCCAACCAUUUGCAACAGCAAACGGCUCAGACAUCCUUAAAGGUGUGAAUUACGGGUCCAGUGCGGCUGGAAUUUUGGAUGAAACAGGAGAACAACUGAGUCCUCAUUGGCCAAUAGUCGCUGCAGCUAAAGGUCAGUAUCUAAUUUCUACUUUAGAUGCCGAGAUUUUGUACGAGCUCGGAGCGAGAACAGUAGCCAUUUUUGGGCUUAGUCUAAUGGGUUGCACUACAGCAAAGCUGGCCAAGAAUGGCACAAGUGGUUCUGCAUCGGUGGAUACGAUCAAUAACGGAGUUCAACUCUUCAAUGACAAGCUGAAGCCUUGA